UGGGAAGACAGCAGGCCUGUGGACUGCUACUCCCAGGGCAAGUUAGAUUGUUCAGAAAUGGAUGAAAAGAGGCUGCUGGAUCCAGGGUUGAAGGUUCAUAAAGGCCUCUGGGAUUAUGCUCUGAAGAACCAGCAGACGGAAUGCCUGAGUGACUGAAGAAAAUGGGUGCUAAUGCAUCUAAUUAUCCUCAUUCAUGUUCCCCGAGGGUAGGGGGAAAUUCACAGGCCCAACAGACUUUUAUAGGGACAUCAUCCUAUUCUCAGCAAGGCUAUGGUUGCGAAUCAAAAUUGUAUAGCCUUGACCAUGGCCAUGAGAAACCACAAGACAAAAAAAAGAGAACCUCUGGCCUUGCCACCCUCAAAAAGAAGUUUAUUAAGCGUCGAAAAUCUAAUAGGUCUGCCGAUCAUGCCAAGCAGAUGCGAGAACUCCUCUCUGGGUGGGAUGUUAGAGAUGUCAAUGCAUUAGUGGAGGAAUAUGAGGGAACGUCAGCAUUAAAGGAGCUUUCUCUACAAGCCAGUUUGGCUAGACCAGAAGCCCGGACAUUGCAGAAAGAUAUGGCUGAUCUUUAUGAGUACAAGUAUUGUACUGAUGUAGACUUAAUAUUUCAAGAAACUUGUUUUCCUGUUCAUCGUGCCAUUUUGGCAGCAAGAUGUCCAUUUUUUAAAACACUGCUUUCUUCCUCACCUGAGUAUGGGGCAGAGAUAAUAAUGGACAUCAAUACAGCUGGUAUUGAUAUGCCCAUGUUUUCUGCUUUGUUACACUACCUUUAUACAGGAGAGUUUGGAAUGGAGGACUCAAGGUUUCAAAACGUCGAUAUCCUUGUUCAGCUUAGUGAAGAAUUUGGAACACCAAAUUCCCUUGAUGUAGAUAUGCGUGGACUCUUUGAUUACAUGUGCUAUUAUGAUGUCGUCCUUAGUUUUUCGUCAGACUCUGAACUGGUUGAAGCUUUUGGUGGAAAUCAGAACUGUUUAGAUGAAGAGCUCAAAGCCCACAAGGCUGUUAUUUCUGCACGGUCCCCAUUUUUUCGAAAUUUAUUGCAAAGGAGGAUACGAACUGGUGAAGAAAUCACAGACCGAACUUUGAGGACUCCCACAAGAAUUAUAUUAGAUGAGUCGAUUAUACCAAAAAAAUAUGCAAAAGUGAUAUUACACUGUAUGUAUACCGACGUGGUGGACCUCUCUGUUUUGCACUGUAGCCCCUCUGUUGGGAGUCUCAGUGAAGUUCAGGCUCUCGUCGCAGGAAAGCCAAACAUGACCAGGGCAGAAGAAGCCAUGGAACUUUACCACAUAGCACUGUUCUUGGAAUUUAACAUGCUUGCACAAGGCUGUGAGGAUAUCAUUGCUGAGAGCAUCUCAUUAGAUACCUUAAUUGCCAUCCUCAAGUGGAGCUCUCAUCCAUAUGGCUCUAAAUGGGUGCACCGACAAGCUUUACAUUUCCUCUGUGAGGAAUUUUCCCAGGUCAUGACUUCGGAUGUUUUUUAUGAACUCAGCAAAGACCAUCUGCUUACUGCUAUCCAGUCUGACUACCUACAGGCAAGUGAACAAGAUAUCCUUAAAUAUCUGAUUAAAUGGGGAGAGCAUCAGUUGAUGAAAAGAAUAGCAGAUAGAGAGCCAAACAUACUGAGUGGCACUGCCCAUAGUGUGAACAAAAGAGGUGUAAAAAGACGAGACCUGGACAUGGAAGAGCUCAGAGAGAUCCUUUCUUCUCUCUUACCUUUCGUGCGAAUUGAACACAUCUUACCUAUAAACAGUGAAGUCUUAAGUGAUGCACUGAAAAGAGGCUUGAUUAGUACUCCUCCAUCAGAUAUGCUUCCUACAACAGAAGGUGGGAAGUCAAAUGCCUGGUUACGGCAAAAAAAUGCUGGCAUCUAUGUUCGUCCUCGACUCUUCUCUCCCUAUGUGGAAGAAGCAAAGUCAGUGCUAGAUGAGAUGAUGGUGGAACAAACAGAUCUUGUGCGCUUGCGAAUGGUUAGAAUGUCCAAUGUGCCAGACACACUCUACAUGGUCAAUAAUGCCGUGCCACAGUGUUGUCACAUGAUCAGCCACCAGCAGAUCAGCAGCAACCAGUCAAGCCCUCCUUCAGUUGUGGCCAAUGAAAUUCCAGUUCCUCGUCUCCUCAUUAUGAAAGACAUGGUCAGACGACUGCAGGAGCUGCGGCACACGGAGCAGGUGCAGAGGGCCUAUGCGCUGAACUGCGGGGAGGGCGCCACCGUCAGCUAUGAAAUUCAGAUUCGAGUGCUGAGAGAGUUUGGUCUUGCAGAUGCUGCUGCAGAGCUCUUGCAGAAUCCUCACAAAUUCUUUCCUGAUGAACGUUUUGGGGAUGAAAGUCCUCUCUUGACAAUGAGACAGCCUGGGAGAUGUCGUGUAAACAGUACCCCUCCUGCAGAAACCAUGUUUACAGAUCUGGACUCUUUUGUGGCCUUCCAUCCACCCUUGCCUCCUCCACCACCUCCCUACCACCCCCCAGCUACCCCAAUCCAUAACCAGCUCAAAGCAGGCUGGAAACAAAGACCUCCCAGUCAGCACCCUUCACGUUCAUUUUCUUAUCCCUGUAAUCAUUCGCUGUUCCACUCCAGAACAGCUCCUAAAGCUGGCCCUCCCCCAGUCUACUUGCCAAGUGUUAAAGCAGCGCCUCCUGAUUGUACCAGCACUGCAGGACUGAGCAGACAGACGGUGGCUGCCGCCGCCACCACCACCACCCCAACAGCAGCAGCAGCAGCAUCUGAGAAGCAAGUGCGAACACAACCUGUGCUGAACGAUCUGAUGCCAGACAUCGCUGUGGGUGUGUCCACACUGUCACUCAAGGACAGGAGGCUUCCAGAGCUUGCUGUAGACACAGAAUUAAGCCAGUCAGUUUCUGAAGCAGGACCGGGGCCUCCCCAGCAUCUGUCAUGUAUUCCACAGAGGCAUACACACACUUCUCGGAAAAAACACACACUAGAGCAAAAAACAGAUGCCAGAGAAAAUCCACAGGAAUAUCCGGAUUUCUAUGACUUCUCAAAUGCUGCUUGCAGACCUUCUACUCCUGCUCCCGGCAGACACACCCCUUCCCCUUCACAAGGUGGAUAUUUUGGUCCCGAUUUGUACAGCCACAGUAAGGCAUCACCAAGUGGCUUAAAGUCAGCCUACCUACCUGGCCAGACGUCUCCUAAAAAACAGGAAGAAGCUAGGAGAGAAUAUCCACUUUCCCCUGACGGGCAUCUACACAGACAAAAGAAUGAGCCGAUACACCUGGACGUCGUCGAGCAGCCUCCCCAGAGGUCAGACUUUCCUUUGGCAGCGCCAGAAAAUGCUAGUACCGGUCCAGCCCAUGUCAGGGGACGAACCACAGUAGAAACUGACUUGACUUUUGGGCUGACUCCUAACAGACCUUCACUUUCUGCAUGUAGCUCUGAAGCUCCUGAAGAGAGAUCCAGUAGAAGACUGGCAGACAGUGAGUCCCUGGGCCAUGGAGCUCAGAGAAAUACAGAUUUGGAAAGGGAAGAUUCAAUAAGCAGAGGAAGGAGGUCACCAAGCAAGCCAGACUUCCUCUACAAAAAAUCUGCCCUCUGAGAGCAACCUCCAAGUCGUCUGUGCCUGAGAUGUGAAACAUCCCAUUUUAUGAUGUAACCCAACAACUUACAGACCAGUUUAUCAACGCCAGCUGACAACUCAGUUUCACAUUAUUUUGGUCUAGUUUUUAUGUAUAUAUGUGUUAGACAUGGCAUGCUAAGGAGGUUUUGUUUUUUUUUUUUAAAUGUUGCAUCUGUCUAAUUUGUGUUUGAACAAUUACGUCGGGAAGCAUUUUUAAGAGCGAGCAAGCUGGCACUUUUUAUUUCUCUUUACAAAUGAUGGAAUUUUUUGCACUUGUACAUUUAUUUUCUCUGUAUUGAUUUUAUAUUAGUAUGUUAAACUUUAUUGCCACAUUUAAAGGACUGUAUUUUCAUACUUUUUUGCAUUUUACCUUUCAUCUACCAAUCCAUUUGCAUUGGAUUGCACACUAAGAUGUAUUUUCUUAUUAAAUAAUUCUGUGUUUAUUUUUUAAUUAUAGAAAUUCCAAAGAACAGCACAUCAGAAUGCUCCUCUCUUUUCAGUAAUUGUUUCAGUUCAGAAAUCUUCCCGCCCAGUCUCCAUAAAUCUAAUGUCUUUUUUUUUUUCUUUUUUUUUUUUUUUAACAAGUCCUGGAAGCUGGGCUUCAUUCCUCCAGCGAGAGUCCAGUCAGGGUCCUGAAGUUUGCUGGUUUAGGAAAGAACAGGAAGGAGAAAAGCCUUCUGUGCCCAGGCUGAAGCUGUUCCAUUUCCACAGUGUGGAUGCAGCCAGAAUCCCUGUACAUUCUGGUCAGAAGGAUUAGAGUAUCACCAGAAGAGGCUCUAAGGAGAUCGGAUCCCUCGGAAUUAGAAAGCAGUGGAGAUGGGGCACAGUUGCUCACACUUGUGAUCGGCACUUUGGGAGGCCGAGGUGGGCAGAUCACUUGAACUCAGGAGUUCAGGACUGGCCUGGGCAACAUGGUGAAACUCCAUUUCUAUAAAAAAUGAAAAAAAAAAAAAAAAAAAACCUUAGCCGGGUGUGGUGGUGUGCAUCUGUAGUCCCAGCUACUUGGGGAGCUGAGGUGGGAGGAUCACUUGAGCCCAGGAGGUUGAGAAUGCAGUGAGCCAAGAUUGUACUACACCACAGCACUCCCGCCUGGGCAACAUUGAGACCCUGUCUCAAAAAAGAAAAAAGGGGCAGUGGAAAUAGUGAAAUAACUUAAAGGUCACACUGACAGUUUCUAGUUCUGAGCGUCAACUCUCCAGUUGCUUGCAAUGGGGGAACUGACUGCUCGCUGCCUUUAAUUGUCUUGCUCUCUAUGGGAAAAAAAAAAAAAAAAAAAAGGGCUUCAGUCUUAUAGAUGUUAUUUGGUGUUUGUAAACAUAUGCUUUCUUUUAAAUGAUUUUCAAAGUAUGUCUAAAUUUUGGUGUCCUAUAAAACGUUGUUGUAUAAUGCAUAGUGCUUUCUCACCAACAGAAAAAAAGGAAAAAAAUUGUUUUCAGUUCAACACUACAUGUCCUACUUGAACUCCACUGGGAUGCUGGUUUGGCAUUUCCUAAACCACUGAGCACAUGGGGUCUUUCAGGAUCCUCUCCCUUGGAAGGGCAAUGUGUGAGCUAAGGACUGUUUUUUUCUUACUCUCCAAUGUAAAUAUAUUAGUAUUUGAGUUUUUAAAUCACUUCAACAUUAUUUGAGCAUUUACUUUGUAUUUUUACAAACACAUAAACACACAGCCGUAGCACUUAGAAGAAAAGGGGCUUUCUAAACAUUCCUUCAUCUGUAGGAUAUUUGGGAGCCUCUUUUUUAUGUAUGUAUAUAUAUAAAAAACUAUGACUCACUCACACUCACUCUAAAACUAUGCAGGGCUAGGGAGCCUUUACGAGCUACCAGAUAAAUGAAUUACAUGCACUUUGAAGUAAAUAGGUUUUCUAUUGGAUGUCAACAACUCUGUUUUCUCCCAAAACUAUAAGUUUCUCUUACGCUCUUUUCCUCCUUUACCCUGUGGAUAUACACUCAGGAAUAAUCUGACAUUUUAGAAAACCCUGACAGUAGAUAGUCUCCAAGAUGGGAAACAUACUGUGUGUCUGCACGCACCGGUGGCAAACUGCCGCCAGUUGCUCUGCUGCCUGACUGGUUAGCCGCUGUGCUGGUGCACGCAGGGAUGCGGUGGUUGUACAAGCUCCCAAGCUCCCGGAGUUAACACUAAUCUGCAGGUCGGCUGUGCGUCGCAUUCGAGCCUCCUCUUUUAAAGAGAAAAACAUAGGUCUCUGUUCUCACUUGUUAAAGGUUUGACUCAUAAUAGACGAUAGUGUCUUUUGAAGCCCAGUCUGUCUUCAGAAACAAAAGUGAAGGCCAUCAUAUUCCUUAAUGUGUGUUCCUCUUAUCACGUAUGUAUGUUGACAUGUUCAUGUUUUGAUAGUUUUAUGUUUCUAUUCUGAAUCAGACUGUACCGUGCCAGUACUGGAAGGAGGAAUCAGUAGACCUAAUUUGGAUGCGGAGAAAAAGUCUUAUCUCUGACCUGUUUUAUUCUUUUUUCCCAAAUGUUAAACCAGAGCUGUUGAUCCCACACAUUCAUUUUUCUGAAAAUUUAUGAACUAUUCUCAUAUCCCUGAAAUAUAAUUAUAAAAAUAGGUGGCCACUAUUCUUAAGAUUAUUUAGUUUAUGAAGUUUGCUUUUAAUCAUACAGUAGCUUACCUGGCUAAACUAUGUGUUUAAAGGGAAAACUUGCUUUAAUCCAUGGGAUUUCAGACCGAUGUGACUUGCGAAGGUAAACAGGUGUGGGUUUUGUGUGUGUUAGGUUAGGUGUUAGGAAGCUUUUAAUGUAUCUGGUGAAGUAUGGUUACUAGGGCAGGUUGAGGAGCUGUGUGCCUCUGGCUUUCCAACCCAUCUAGUAAAUCUUUUUUAAUGCUGUACUAAGAUAAAUGUGAAAUCUGAGUAAGGUUGCUUUCAGAAGAAAAAAGCAUAUAUGUAUAAUACAAAAUUUAGGCCAUGGGAACUGUCAUUUUACUUGGUAUAGGAUUUUAAUGAGAACCAAAUCACAAAAAUAAAAGAUCUCCUUUUGAGGUCAUGGACAAUCAGGCCGUUUGGACAAUCACCACUUCCAGUGUCUGCUGUGCGUUGAGGUUAGAGAACUACCAUUUACAUGCUAGGGCCAAGAGAGGACAUUCGAGUUUCUUAAAGAUGCUGUUGGUCUUUUUCUUAUGUUAUUGUUUUAGUUUUGUGAUUUUGAUGAAUAAUUUAAGUUCAGAGUCACUGGUGGCUCUUAAGAAAACAACAGCAGCAUGAAAGGCAAAAAGUAUUUGAAACAUAGUUGUGUGAAUUUUCCACGCCCAUUCUUUAGCUCACAUGCGCCCUUUAGCUUUAUUUCUGGGAACAUGUCCUUAGACCUCAGCUAGCCUGACACUGCAAUAACCCGUUAGGCUUUAAGGCUUUUCAGUGAAUUCUUGACAUUUCAGUGUUCUUAUAGAAUUCUUUAUGAAACCUUACCUAAGUCUUGUUUUUGCUUUCUCAGAAACUUAUUACACCUGCCAUCCUUCAUUGGAUUUUUCUUUUGUUUUGUUGUUGCCGUCGUAGCAAUGAGCUUAGUCCUUGUACAUCUGCAUGAAGAUGUCGAUGCCGAAGGCGAAGCGGAAGCACGUGCCGCGGCAGUGGGGCUCACAGCCAGUGUACAUCGUUCUUUAGAGUUGAAAGGAUUGACAUGUCUCAGUAACUACCCAGCAGAAUACGUAUUUUCAUAAUGUUGAAUUUGCCUUUUAGAAAAGAAAAAUGUUUCAUGAAACACUUGUAAGAUACUUAUCUUGAAAUUAACUACAAGGCAUUCAUGUUUUUAGGACUGAAUUCAAAGGGAAAUGCUUCUUUGACUUUUUUUCAUUGUUCAGUUGACUUUCAGCUUUCUGUACUGACUAUUAAAGCAGCAGUGAUGGGUGCUAUUCCCGGUUCUGCAGUGGUUUACUUUGUCUAUUAAGUGAUUUACUUUUAAACCUCAUUACCGAUAAUCUUACUGAAAGACUUAACAUGCACACUGCUAAAAGGUGUUUUACUGUUUUCCAUAACAGUGUUGUAUGAGCAAUGUUUGGUGACAUGUUGUCUCUUUGUCCUGUAGAUUGUCAUAUCUGUUAUGUAGCUAUCGUAUUGGCAAGUCCUUUGCUUUUUUUUCCUCUAGAAAAUCCUCAGACUGUCAGUCUUUCAUAUUCUGAAUAUUAUAAUGCUGUGGCCGUUUCUAUAGAAAGGUGACCUGCAAGUGUGCGUCUUGAAAAUAACUUACUGUGUUUGUGUGUUUGUAAGAGGUCAGAUAAGCUCUGGAAGCUUCAUUGUCUACCUGCACAUGACUCUGUAUCUGGGUUACAUGGGCAGGCAGCACCAGGUCCUGCUCUUAGAUGGGGUGGCUGACAGAUAAAGAUUCCUGAACUCUGCUUGCUGUGUCUGCACCACAUCUGUACACAGAGAGUUGGAAAACCAUCUACAACACUGCAUUUCUUGUCGUUGUGCUGUUACUGGUAUAAAGUCAAGUGCCUUCAAUGCUAAAGGCUCAGAAAUUUUUCUUAAACUGAUUUCAUGUCCUAUGCAAGUGUUUUCUACAACCUGCAUAACCAGUACUUUGUAAAACUUGUUUACGCUUCAAUUGUACAUAGUGAUUUUUAAAGAAAUAUAUAGUAUUUUUAUUUAGGUACCUCCAAACUUGAAUUCGUCUGUGUGAAGCAUUGUAAAAUACAUUUCUCUUUUGAGUACCAUUACAGUUGUACAGAGGUUUUCACUGCUUCUAUUUUUCUACUGUUACUGAUGAGCAUGUAACACUGACUUUAUCCUACAUAUAGUUGGCAUUUCAAAUAAAUGGCUUGUAUAGAA